GAAAUUGAAAGACAUUUUCUGAGCACACUGAUCAGAGAAGAACACGGCAUCUUAAUAGGCAAGUGGAAAUGGAAAAUUUCCCCAAACUAAAACUCUUUCAGAUCAUAUGCAUUUUAUUCGGAUGUGGCCUGCUUCUUGUCCAAGCCUUUUGGAACAAUCCUUCGAUCUUGUGGGACUCACACAACCCAGCGUAAGUUGCAUCAUGCAGUUUAUUUGAUCUUAAUUACGUGGUUUAAGCUUUGUUAGGGUAGGCCAUAUAUUCGACUUAAAUGUUCUCAGGAACUUCAAGCUGUUGGCAAUAAUCUAAAGAACUUUUCGAUAAAGAAAUGUCUGAGUAGUGCUUGUCAAAGUGUGGAAACAUUUGCAAAGAUACACUGGAAUUCAUAACGGAUUUUAUAGUACUCAAUAGUUUGCUGGAGGUAUGUUUGUUCAUAACAAAGUUUAUAUAAAACAACGUGCGGUUGUCACGAUUUCUGAUUCUUUGGUUACCCUUUCAGUUCUUGUGCAUUUUUCACAUAAGGAAGAUUUAGUAGGUUAUCUGAAAUAAUUUAAUCUUGCUCUUAAGGACGCCAACCCAAUUAAGAACACAUUGUAGGUAGCACUGCCACGACUGGGCGCGUCCAUUCAAGAAUUAAAAAAGAUUUGAGUCGAGAUUUAAACAAAUUUAUAGCUCUGUGCGAUAGUUGACAAAAUGCCAAAGAAUGCCAACAUAUAAUUUCCUGCGAAGCAACAGAGCUCGCCGCGGGUACACAUGACAAUAGCAAGGCAGAUAUCAUGAUAAUUAUUGUAAAGAUUCGAACGUUAGCUCAUUGUCAGAGUUCUGACGAAGGACCAACGAUCAAAAGUUCAGCUGUGGUGGUCAAAUUACAUUAACAACUCAGUUGAUGGAACCAAACUAUCUUGCAUUACUCCAACCGAUGCAAUACCGCAGUAACUUGAAAAAGUUACCCCCUUCUGUAAUAACUAUCAAUAAUUGUUACCCCCGCGCCUUGAUGUAAACGAUGUACAGAUAUUUGGUCGACGCCAUUUGAAUUUGAUCUAAACAGAAAUUAACGCAAUAAACUCCGCAAACAAACCGAAUCAGUACGCCUUAAAAAUGGUCUCAGUUAUAAACUAUUGGAGGUAAUAUUUGCCCGCCUUUACCCACCAUACGAGCCUUCAACUUGUGGUACGUUUUCACUAUAAAUCGUAAAAGUAUAGAGGAAAAGAAAAAAAUUAAGCUAUGCUCAGUCAAACCUUAGGAUUUCUUCAGCAUGGUUUUUCAUUACUCGUGUCAAAUGAUGUGAUUAUCAUUGUUACUCUCCUGAUUUAAAAUUAGCUUCAAAAAAGAUUUGUUUUUAUCAACUGAUCGCUUUUUCGACGGGCUAACGGUGUCUCAAAACGUCAGCCUUAGAAGCUCUCUACGGAGGCCAAAUAAUAUUAUCAACUCAUUUGAUAGAACCAAAGGAUCUCUUAAUACCCCCACCGACGCAUCACCACAGUUUCUUUAGAAACUUCCCCCCUCUCUAUGUAAAAAAGAUGAUCUGAUUGAAUGCAGUAUUCAUAUUGAAACCAAUGUAUUAGACAAAUUUAUUUUAUGGCAGUUUCUUCUACUACUUUGUAUAACCUCUCGCGCAAAAUUUCUUUGAAGAUUUUCCUUGUCCAUAUAGAGAGGGAAAAGAUAUUUCAAUUCUAAUCAUUUAUACCGAAAUGAAAAUAAACAAUAAUAUUCAUUUUCAUCUUGAACACAAUUGCUCUAAUUGCUGAUUUACAACAGAAGUACGUAUGGAAGAGUAUACUGCGCAUGAGAUGCACGAUUUUUCCAAAGGAAACCAUAAAACACUAGAGAAUUAACUUUGAAAAUUUCCGAAUUGAUACUUGUUGUUACCAGCCACUUAAAACCACUUCGAUAAGAACGCGGCUUCGUAGGUCGCACCUCCAUGUAAAACUCGUCACACAAAUUAACCCGAACAAAACGUCUGCUUAAUAAUCAUUUAGUUCUUUUUAUCGGAGUAUCAUGAGUAUUCUUGGCCGUGUUUUAAUUUUGCAUUUACAUCUACUGUUUGCGGAAUCGCAGCUGCACAAAGUUUAUCCAUCGGUAGAAUGGACGGAUCUUAACCCAAUGUAAGUGGUUAUUAGACAAAUCUGACAAAAUACAAGUUUUAUGCUUACCCUUUUGCUUAAAGGGUUAUUGCCUGCAGGGUCGCUAUAAAAAGUCCAUAUUGCCGUUUUACAAUAGGACUUCUAUGAGUAUUUUAUCUUACACCGCAAAAAAAAAAAAUUAACUUGAAAAUGAGCAUGAAUGUUACACUCGCUCCAAGAAACUAUAAUCUGAUUCGUGCCUAUUGUAACCUUUAACAGUACAGUUCAUCCCCUGAGGCAGAAUUAUUCAAAACACAUUUAUAAACUGAAAAGAUGAGUUUUUACUGUCCUUAUCAAGUUACUACCUCCUACAGCUGUUACGUUUGUUCUAACUCAAAGUGAAUGCACAUGAUGGCUGGCAAUUCAAACAGAAUUUUCCCUUACCACGUUGGUGCAAUAAGCCGAAGGGAAAUUCAAUAGCGCGCAAAUACAGCUGGAAUAACGCAAUUUAUCAAUUUCUUCAGUGUAUUUUUUUUUCAGCCCGCAAUUAACGAAGAACACUUUCUUCAGGAAUCACGAUCAAUCGCCUUGCGGAGGAGAUCAGAGGAUAUUGGUUAUGCCACAAUGUAAUUUACCUGAUCGUCCAUUAAGCUCUGCUGUAUUCAAAUUAUCCCCCUUAUUGGCAGUUGCCCCUUCCGAAAUCCCUCGAUUCCCCCUCCGCUCCCCGCUCCCCCCCCCGCUCCCCGCUCCCCCCUCCCCCCUCCCCCUAGGGGAUCGAUAAUGGCUAGUCUCUUCUACCUUGAUCGGUGGAAGCAAUUGACAGGAAACCAAACUUUACAGAUAGAAUUGAUUUUCUGGAUUGUUCUAUUUUAUUCUUAUUUUCAUUAAUUUCUGCUGUUUGUUUUUCCACAGAUUUCAAAACAACUUUUCUUUCGCAGUUCUACCAAUGAGUAAAGUGAAGAUUGUGUGCCCGAAUCCCGCAAUGAUCCCGAUAGCGGUCGAGGGAAGCAUUCCUCUGGAAAAAAUGUAUGAGAAUCUAUGGAUUGUUGAUGAACAGGCAUACGAGACAUGCGUAAUAGAAACUACUAAACCUCAAAACAGAAUUUUAAUGAAGUGUGACUCUCCGCUGCAACUGCGUUACUUCACGGUAGUAUUUCAGCGGUAUAGCGCAGUAGGCGCAGAUGGGUUGGAGUUUGAGCCUGGGAAGGAGUACUAUUUCAUCGGUAAGCAAAGCUAUUUUGCUCUUCUUUUUUUCAAAAAAAAAUAAAUAAAUAACGCUCCAUUCCGCGCAACUCAUUUGAUUCCAACCCCACAGGGGUUUGAAGUAGACAGAGUGGAACGAAUUAAUGAUGGGAAGAGUCAAUAAAGGGCAAAUAAUUUGCAUGAUGCAUUUCCAACGAUUUGCCAUGGUUCAGGAGAACUGCACAUAUGCACAAUACUUACCCUUAAUGUCAUUUCACCAUUAAACUACUGCUUUUGGUUGAAGCAAAGUGUUGCUUCAAGUGACUGAACGGUUUUUGUUUAUAUUUUCAGCCACCUCUAAUGGCCGUGGAUGGUCUCUGGAGCAGACCUCAGGGGGGAGGUGUGCGACGCAUAACAUGAGAAUGAAAGUCUAUGUUUGUACUGAUGAAAACGGUGAAUAACAGUUCUCUCUUCUCCCUUUAGGAGUCUUUCGUCAGGGGAAGGAAGGGGGGACUCAGAGGAUUUUGAUAUUGUCACGAUGAAAUUUACCUAAUUACCCCCCCCGUAGUAUUCAAAUGAUCCCCCCUUAUUGAUCUUAUAAGUAGUCAAUUUUCUAUGUCCCUCGCUGUAUACUCUGUUAGCGAAGACUGAUCUCCAUUUCCCCUGGAAACCAUGAUAUCCCCUCAAAAUCCACCGACCCUCCCCCUCACCCCCAGACGAUAAAUAAUGAUACGUCCUUUGGUUGAAUAGAAGAUAAGUUCCAUUCCUAGACAGACAACUUAAUGCUCUUGUGUUUCAGUUUUUGUUUUGCUUUUUUUUUUUUGUAACUUCCAUUUGAAAAUUUGAGAGAAAGUUUCCCCGCAUGCAGAAUCAUACUAUUUAAUCAACGUAGUCUGACGUUUGUUAGCCUGAAUAUCAGAACGACUAAACAAAGAUGAGAAACCGAAAAAACAUACCUACGAUAGUGUCCAUCGAGUGUAAUUACGGUCUCAGCUUUAUACACGGAAUACCUGAAUCUAUGCCGCGCCGAAGUUUCUUUCACUUAGUGUGUUUCUUUCCUUUGAUUUUAUUUGCUAGAUCCCAAGUGUCAGACAAGUCCUGUUUCAACAGCUCAACCAACAAAGACCAUUACUGUGUGUCCAUCGCCGACUCAAUUUGUCCAGGUGUCAUCUACAAUUUCACACCUGCCACCUCAUCAAUGCACUGGUAAAUCGCGGACGUAAUGAGUGUUUUUAAAGACAAAAUUAAAUUCCUAUCAGCAUGAGAGGCAUAAAAUUAUAUUCGAGACGACUAACUGACCCUCACUAUUACUGGUCAGAUGUGGGAGAAGCGAUACGACGGCGGGUAGCCUGGCGCGCUGAACUCUGCUUUGAGUGAUCUGGGUUCGAGCACUGAUUAGGGUUAAUGCACAGCCACUCUUUAGUUAAGUUCCUCCCUCUCACAGUGCCUCUCACCUUCCAGGAUUUUCAAAAGUGUCAUGGGUAUCAGUGAGCUGUCCAAUGAAACCAAAUAAAAAGCUCGGGGGGAGGUGAAGAGGGUAAAAUGCAACAGACUACGUUAUAGAUAAUUAUAGACUACUCUGUAAUUGCAGUUAGACUGACGGUAGCUCAUGAUUUACUUCCGAUGCUUUUUUUCACCAGAUAACAACCAACUGAACAAGAUACUCAAUAACACGCGCUUUGUCCCAGCCAUUUUCGACCAAACCAAUCACCUCGCCAAACUGUGGGCUCAAGUUAUGAACAUGAGUGAACAACUAACCGCUGUGCAGAACAGACUUGAAAACUGUAGCUUCGGAGGAGGAUACGGCCACGUGAUCGUCCCAAGUGCAUCCUCGACCUCGGCUCCGAUUCAAACUUCCUCUCCAACUCCAACGCAACCAGGUUAGCAAAAUAAAUAUCGAAAUAUACACCCUGUACUUCCCGCUAAAAAAGGCAAUCAAAUGACUCCAAUAACAAAUUUCAGGUCAUACAGUACCGCAUCCAUGCACCGCAGCAUUAACACGCGCGUGAUGCGCGUGCAAUACCACGCAUUGCGUGUGCAAUUGAAACACGCAUCAGACCUGUGGGAUUCUUUUUUCACUUUUUGUCAGGCACAAAAAGAUUUACAAUCGCAGGAUCGCGAAAGUGGAUAAAAAUUUUAAUCCCCAAUCAGCUUGAUCGUGUUUUGAGCAAAGCUUAUUUUGGUUGGGUCCAUUUCUGAGCUUAAUCAUCCUCUCUUCUGAAAAUAACAUAAUUACUCAUUCUCAUUUCAGUAACAUACUCCAAUUGCACCGCGCUGUACAAUGCAGGUUUUAAGGUCAGUGGUAUUUAUACCAUAAACCCUGAAGACGGCAUGGGCUCGUUUCCGGUCUACUGCGACCAAACAACAGCGGAAGGGGGCUGGACCGUGCUCCAAAAGCGUUUUGACGGCUCAGUUUGGUUUAGCAACCGGACGUGGGUGGAAUACAAGAAUGGAUUCGGUAACGUAUCGGGAGAGUUCUGGCUGGGAUUGGACAGAAUUCACCGACUGGCGAAAAAUCCCGUCACAUUAAGAUUCGACUUGGGAGCCCCGGAUGGAACGAACAGAUUUGCUGUUUAUAAAGGAUUUACGGUGGCAGGCGCUGACCAGAAGUUUUUGAUGACCAGUGGAACAUACACAGGUGAAAAAGCGUUUGUGUGUUAGAACAGAGCGUACGUACGUGACAUAUGCGUAACGCAUUCCCACAACCAUUUCCUAAAAGUUUUGGCUGAGUUUAGAGUGAUAUGUUAUGAAGGCUUUUGUGUGAUAUGAGUGUUUUAAAAAUUACUCAAUACUUGUCGCCAUGGGCACGAAGAACGCAUGCGUAAGCUUGACAAAAUGAUCAAUCUGUAUUUAUUAAAUAUUCUAAGUCCUUCCUUGCUUUAAAUUGUUUUCUUCUCACAGACGGCGAUGCUGGUGAUUCGUUCUCUUUUGAAAGUGGCAACAAAUUCUCAACAUCAGAUCAAGACAACGAUAAAUAUGGUGAUGGCCACUGCGCCAAACUUUACAAGAGCGGUUGGUGGCACGGAGUGUGUCAUAAGGCGAGUCUUAAUGGGCUCUAUCUCAACGGAAGUGAUAAGAACUCAGCACAUUUUGCAGCUGGAAUAACCUGGCAUACUUGGAAAGGCUACGACUAUUUCUUAACAAAAUCGGAGAUGAAGAUCCGUCCCUGAAAGCACGAAGUGACUCCUUUGCCAUCGUUAUCGAAGAGAAAAUAAGGGCGCAGAGACGAACAAUUAGUAUGUUAGCUGCCAUAUGCAGAUUCUAUAGUAAUUAAUGUUUUUCUUAGAAGGAAACGGAAGUCUGUUUCCUCGGAAGUCGGCGCUGUGAAUCAACGCUCAAGGAAUCAUGCUUCCCCUUUUUCUGAAGUCUUUGUCAUCAAAAAUUCUUGAUUCUUCUCAUUGUCUGCUAUUACGUUACUUCUGCUCAGAAUAUCAGAGCGAGGGUAACAUUUAUGUGCGCGUUUCGAAGACUGACUUUCGUUCACGAGAUUACUAAUUAUCUUCUUUUCGUGUUACUCGGCCGGCGACAUGGCUUAUAUAGGAUACCUCGCUUUGCUUUAUAUCCAAUUGGUGUUUAGUUGAGUGAUAGCUUUGUAGACCAAUCAAAGAGGAGCGAAGCUAGGUAAACCUUAUACAAUCUUGUUUUGCUUCGACACUUCAUCGAAAUAACAGUAGCAAUAGACCAUCAUGUACGUUAAAUUAUUGAACAUUAUGAUAAAAUACUGUUCCUAUGGUUACGCAUAUGACCUAAUAAAUACUAGCCUUUUCUUUCGCCG